AUGAGGCCUCCGUCUACAAUGCUGCUGCGCUCUCUGCUGCGCCCUGAGCAGCCUCUAUGCCAGAUGCAAAUCAGAUCAAAAUCGAAUUGGAUGCCGCGCGAGAAAUAUGCGAAGAUCACUCUGCUGGACAAACUACACCGCAGACAAAAAGAUGCUGUGCGAAGAGAACGACAGAGCAGCCAACAACGGGCUGAAAAGAUGACCUUUGAAUCCCUUCCUCACCCUCCACCGUCGGCGGUACAGAGUGCAACACCCUCGCCGCAAGCGGGACCAACCCCUACAGUUUCACCGUUGCCUUUCAAGAUCAAUCGCACUCCAUCAUCCAAUCUCCCCAUAUACGAGAGUUCAAAGGCCGGCGGAAGCAAACACAUCACCUCGAUUCGCAAAAUAUCAGGCGACUUGAACGAGCUGGCAUCACGGAUACGCAGCGCACUCGGUCUACAGCAGCACAUUGUGGAUGUGAAGGGGCGGCGGAAGGAGACUGUGGCUAUCAACUGGACGACGAGGCAGGUGGUUGUGCGUGGUUGGAGAGGCCCGGAAAUCAAGAAGUGGGCGGAGUUUAAUGGGUUUUGA